AUGGUCUCUGCAGACAACCUGAAUCUCGACGUCUUGGAACUCAUCUUUGCUUAUUUGUCUGGCAAUGACCUCGUCUCUGUCUCGCUCGUGAGCAGGUCCUUCUUUGCAGGGGUCAUCCCAAGGCUGUAUCAUACGCUGGGAUUCCGUCUCAGUCACUCCAAGAAAUACCCUCAGGUCAAAUCACCGUUCGCUGCUGUAAUGGCCCAUCCAGACUUUGCUGUUCAUGUCAGGCAGAUUGACAUCCGCACAGUCCCUCUCAUUCACUCUCACCCCCACCCAGAAUUUGUUCGUGAUUGCACGAACGUCAUCAAGCUCGCCAGUAAUCUGACAUCCUUCACCCUGACCGUCGUCGACGCACUUCCCCCGUUCCUCCCGGCAUUGCAAGGCAAGGAACGCCUGCGUGACCUGCGCGUAUACGCGAACCUCACGUCUGACCAGUCUGCGAAGCUUAUUGGUUUGAAGGGCCUGAGCAGCUUAGUCCUGGACCAUGCGUCGUGGAACUUGGUGGAUCUGCUGCCAACAUGGACGAGGUCGCUUUCGGCGAGCCUGACGAGCUUGACGCUAUACAUGGCGAGCGACUUGAACGAGCUGGUCCUACGCCACGUGCUCUCGCAUUGCCCGCACCUCACCGGCCUGCACGUCGUGGGCUGCCCGAGGGCCGACCACGUAACUGUCCUUAAGCUCGCAUCGCUCUUCACCCCGAACCUGGAAAGUCUCUCCAUGACUUCCUGGGAAAAUCCCCGCCCGCUCCCCCCAACUCUCACCCCCCUCCGGCACCUCAAGCACCUCGCGCUCGACACGCACUGCUCCAUGGCGCCUCCGCACGCGCCGCCCGUCUGGACGCCGCUCUUCCAAAAGACCGCCGAGUGGUCCUGCCCGUUGGCGAGCGUGACGCUGCGCCUCUCGGAGCGCCUCGCGGUCGCGGACGGCUUCGUGCAGGCGCUGCUUGACGCGCACGCGGGCACGCUGCGCAGCUUGUUCUUCGUCGGGUGCCGCCUCGGCCCGGAUGCGCUCCGCCGCGUGUGCGAGCGCUGCGAGGAGCUCGAGCGGCUCGGCGUGGGCGUGCCGGGGAAGGAUAUUGAUGAGUUUAUCGAUUGUAUGGCGAAGUGCGCGUCGCUCCGCGUGCUCGUCGAUAUGGGCACCGACAGACACGUGCCUGGGAAGACGGGCGUGGGGCGCGUGAAUAUCACCAGGGACAGUGUCGAGGAUCUCAUGGAUAUUACGAACAUCAACCUGGUGCUCACCGAGACGCGGCGGUGGACGCGCGCGGAGGGCGAAAUGACUGCAAAGCUGGAGCGGCGGAAGCCAGUUGCACUGUCGCAUUGGUUCAUGCCGAAGAUAUGA